CUCUUGCAGGAUGCGUCAGGAGACUACUUUAUACCCGAGUGCUUCUUUCUUGCAUUGUACUCGUCGACAAAUGAUGGUGCGGACAAGCAGCUACAUGCACUUGGCCGCGCUGAUGGGUUUAUUGUCAGUGACGAGCGGGAGAUGAUUCCAACAUCUAACUUUCGAAGGUCUUUCAGGGAAAUAUCUGCCAAUGACAACAAACUCGCUUGUGGGCUGACGGAGUCAUCACACAAGUAUGCGAAACUUGUGCCGAAUCCUUUGUGCGUGAAAUCCCAAGGACGUAUGGUGUAUUUAGUCCCUCUCAUAAUCUUCAUGGACGACAUAUCCAGCAAUAUAUCCAAGCAAUGGAACAAGCACCAUGCAGUGUACAUGUCAAACGCGAAUCUACCUUGCGAGAUGCUCGAGAAAGAGUUUUGCAUUCGAUUCGUCACGUCAUCUCCUCACGCAGCCCCAAUGGAGAUGAUGAGUGCCAUGCAAGAAUCAAUUAGGAAAGCUGCGGAAUCUGGAGUCUUCACUUGGGACUGCAAGCACGAAGAAGAAGUUAUGCUGGAGCUAUAUGGUCUGUUUCUCAGUGGCGACAAUCCCAUACAGGCCGAGGAAUGUAGCCAUGCAGGGCUGCAUUGCAACUACUUCUGCAGGACCUCGUGUCCUACAACGUGCGAAGUUGGCGGAACAAAAGAGUACAAAGAGUCAGAUGAGGGCUACAAGAGUAUCUUCGUGCCAGGAAAACUUCGCACUCCUGCGGGAACGGCAGAAGAGAUUCACGCGCAGUUUUCUUCUGCGCUUGCUUCGGGUGCAACAGAGAAGGUUAAGAAAUCUGUCGCUUCGUCAGGUGUGAAGGACACGAUAACUGGUUACAUUCUCGAGACGGUUGUUGAGCUGGGGAAGAAACUUCGCAAACGGGGUGCUGGCAUUCAGGCAAAGCCAGAGGCAGAAGUCAAGGCUAUCCUAGAGAAGCAACUCAAAGACCUCCUGCAAGGGAGCGCUCUCAAUGACGCCAUCAAUCCAUUACUGGGCGUGGAAGGAUUCAAUGUUCAUCAGGACACACCAACAGAAAUUCUACAUAUGGUUCUACUGGGAGUCGUCAAGUACUUUUGGGGUCAAUCUGUUUAUCUUCUCGAGAAGGCAAAGCUUUUGGAUGUUUUUCAAAUGCGUCUCGACUCUAUCGAGAAGGCUGGGCUCAAUGCUCCAUGUCUCAACGCUGAGUAUAUCUGUCAUUAUAAGGGUGGGCUCAUAGGGAAACACUUCAAAAGUUUGGCACAGGUCAUGCCCUUUCUCAUUCAAGACUUACUGCCGAGAACAGUACUUGAUGGCUGGACGUGUAUUGGUGAGCUCGUUGUGUAUGUUUGGCACACAGAGAUAGAUGAUAUAGAGAUAUACUUGACGAAGCUUUCCUGGACAAUUGAGUAUUUCCUCAAUGUCACAGCAAAAUGCGCACCAAGCAUUCUCAUCUCAAAGCCGAAAUUCCACUUUUUGGUCCAUCUUCCUGCAUACAUUCAAUGCUUUGGACCAGCCAUUCUCUUUUCCACUGAACGAUACGAGUUGUUCAAUCACGUGUUCCAGCUGGCAUGUAUACAUAGCAAUCGACAAGGUCCAAGCCAGGAUACAUGCAAAGUAUUUGCGAGGCAAGAUAUCAUCAAACAUAUCGUGACCGGCGGUUACUGGUUUGAUAGUGUUAGGAAAAAGUGGAUUCAGGCAGGUGACGCAGUUUUGAACUACCUUGACAAGCAUCCAGAGCAAGCACAGCUUUUAGGAAUUCAUAUACGAGAACCUCCUAAAGUAACUAUCAACGAUGAACGGCCUGCAGCAGCAAAACCUGUGAUGUGGACAGCAACGCGCUGCGCCAUGCUCGAGCUCUCACAACCUGUCUGUAAUGCUCAAUACCGCGAAGGCGUCUCGUUGAUUCUUGGCAAUGGCGAGAAAGCAUCCUUAGAAGGCCAUAUUAUUUUCAACGACUCUUCAACAUCCCACACAGCCAUUGGGCGCAUUCGUGAGAUCCUGAUUUCAAACUCUAACAAAGCCGUGAACCAUGUCGCCAUUCAGAAAUUUGCUUUUGGACCUGUUUUGCAUCCUUUGCUUCACCUCCCCACUCUCGAGCUCACGGAACUCGAGGGUUUGAUAAUCCAACAGGAACAUGAGGUUGUUAUUAGCCCACAAGAAAUCGUUUGUAUAGUAAACAUCCAGCAUGACUGUGUCAAAUCACAGUGCACAGACACCAGUCAAUGUCGCCUUCGUCAAGAGCGAACCGAGACCACACGUACGAAGUCCGUCAUUCAGCACAAAUCCUCACUGUUCUACUUGCUCAAUGCUUACUUGAUUCACAACUAUGCCCAAAUUCGAUCUGUCAUUCCUCCGUCACUUUGCGAGACAUCAUUGAGGGUCAAUAAUGCAGCAGCUCGUCAAAUCCGGGAGAAGAAAGCAGCCAAG